AGUUGAAGACAACAACUGAUCAAUCAAUCAUCCAAUUUGGACUUGUGAAAGAGAUUUUUUAUAUUUUUGAAUUUGUUAAAUGCAUUUUUCCCAUAGUUUCCGGUUAUUAAAAUAGAAGUGAAGCAGAUAGUAAUGAAAACUUCUAUAUUAAAGGGACCUAUCAAGUUCUCAACCAAACAAUAUAGUUUCCUAAAAAAGAACAACUAAAUUUUGUUUCAAUGGCUAACCAUUUCUUAGGGGAUAGGCCAAACAAUUUUUCAUUGCUAACCAUCAUUUAUGAGUUAAAGACCUAUUUUGUCUGUUUUUCCUUCUUUGGUUUUCUUCAGUUUCUGAAUGAUUUCAAUAUACCAGGACUGAGAAACCACAUCAUGCUGCAAUUUUUCUUCUCCCAUCAUUAAUCCCCUACUUUGUUCUUAGCUAAAACUCCUCAAUUACAUUUGCAUGUACCACUUUUAAUUAAUACCCUCCUAACCUAUCUCAAUCAAUCAAUCAAUCAUUAGUCAAUGUUUUUACAUCUCCCUUUCUUUAGAGAAGAUUAAUUUCUCUUUUAAUGUUUUUUCAACUGGGAUUUGUAACGAACAUGCAAAUUCCAUAUGGUGAUUAUAGUCACUUAUUUGAAUUUGGUAACGGAUAGAAUAUGUCGACUCCACCCCAUUUAAGAUUUUGAUUAUUGCAUUGCAUUGUGACCAAAUAUAUAGUUUGUUCUUUGAACAUAACAUUUCAGAUCACUAAAACAAAUGGGUUUGAAUUUAAGUAGCUUUCAAAGUUAUCUUUGUAGAGUGAUUCAACUUUCAUCAAAGUAUAGCUGGAUCUUCAUAAAAAGGCACCCAUUAGUUUCUAGUGCCUUGGUUUUCCUCUUCGUGUUGUACUUAUUCCUUUCUUAUGUUUACCACUUCUUGCUUUACAUGUUCCCAUUCCUUGUGUGCACUGCAAUCUUUGUUAAAAUCUUUUGGAGCUCUGAGCAAAACCUUAUUAUAGAUGUAAAAAAGGACAGCAAGAAAAAGAAAGUGGAGAGUGAUGAAAUUGCUAAAAAAAGGCAUCCAAAUACACCAAUCUAUGGAAGGCAUGGAACCCUUGUUAAGUGUCCAUCACAAAAUGCAACAAGCAGAAGAAGGAACUUCACUGGGAGGAAGUUGGAUGUGUACGGCGAUCUAGAACACAAGGCGAAAGAUUUGACCGAAGUGUUCCAAAAUGAAUUCACUAACAUAAUGUUUGGAAAAUCAAGAUCUUAUAGGGUAGAUGAUGAUCAUUCGGAUUUCUAUGACUCUGUGGUGAAACAUGAGACUCCUAAGUGUAAAAACGUGUUCUCUUCCGAACUACCACCACUGCCUGCCACCCCGAAUCCACGCAAUGUUAAUCUCCACAAUGAUACCAAGAAAGAAGAGACUGAUGAAAAGAAUGCCAAGGAUGAAGAAGUUAAAGAAGAUAUCGAGAAAUCCGGUGAGAUGACAGAGGAUGAGCAGAAAGUUCCAAUGGAUAUAGGUAUCGCCGUGACGGAGAGAACCAAAAGGCUAGAGAACCUGAUGGUAAGGAGAAGAGCAAGGGAGCAACUGAAGUUGCACAUUGAGAAAGUUUUGGUUGAUAUGAAAUCAUCAGCUGCCAGAGGACAAAACAUUGCACCAUUGCUUGUUGCAAAAGUAAACAACUCUAUGGAUUCUUCAAAGGAUGAUUUUGAUGGCAUAGAGAUGCCAGGUUCUGCACCAGCUAUGAGAAGUCCUUUUGAUAUUCCCUAUGAUCCUUAUGAAGAGAAACCCAAUCUAACUGGGGAUAACUUUGCUCAAGAAUUCCCUUCUAGUCCACCACCCAACAAGGAUACGGCAUUCAGCAGGCAUGAAAGCUUCUUUUAUGGAUCCUCAUAUCAAAGUAAUAGAAGGCAUCUUUUAGGUAGAGGAAACCAUGACUGGUUUAGCCAAUUAUCCAGAUACGGCACUGAAGCAGCUGAAUCAGUAACUCCUAAUCCACUAAGCGACUACGACGAAACCACACAUGACGAAGCAGACGAGAGAUGCGAAUUCGAAGAUAACGACGACAUCGAAAGGAAAGAAGAGGACGUUGAAGCAGCAGAAGAGAUCAACAAUGCUGCUCCAACAAUCAAGCAUAACGUAACUCAAUCACAGAUAGAAGAAAUUGCAGAAGACAACGACUCUGUCUACAAAUCCGUUCCAGCUACCCUAGCCGCUGCCGCUAACGCUAACGCUAACAACGAUAAAAAUAAUCAAGAAAACGCGACCUUAGACAACAAUACGUUAAGAAGCCACACACCUUCGCUUUCUCUGGCUUCAGAUCUGCAAGUUGAAGUUUCCGAAGUCGGUUCGCCAACCCUAACCGUCGAUGAGAGCCAUGACACCGUUACUACCACAGACGGAGAGUCUGUGUUGUACGACGGAGACGUCGACAGAGACGUUACGUCCGGUAGCGAAGACAUGUGGGGAGCGUCGCUGCACGCGCGAGAGAGGCGAAGAGUUAGCGAGCAAGACAUAUCGGAAUUGAGUCACUGGAGGGAGAUUUCUUCGCCGGGUUCUUUGAACGUAGAUGAGGCAGAGAACGCGGCUGAUGUGAGUUCAAUGUCUUCGAAAUCAGACUUGCCGGAAGAUACACCUAGUGCAACUCAUGCUGGGAGCAGAGAUCACAAUAUCUUUGGAAUUGGUAUGAUGGAUUUUAGAGGAGAAAUUUCCAGUAGAUCACAUCCUUCCCCUUCUUCUUCUUCUUCUUCCAAAGUGCCGCCGCGACGGAAGCGAUUUAUACCUAGCCGUAGUGCCGAGCGUACACCUGAUCGUCGACCACAAUAUUCAGAAAAAGAAGAGGAAUGGAUUAACGUGACAGAGAAUUUGAUAAACAGGGUAGUAAAUAUAGAUGAUGUGAAUAACUCGGUAACUACUGAACAAGAAAACAAUCAGAUCAUGAAAGGUAAUGAAGAUAGUGGUGGUGCAUCAGUUGUAAGACAAGAAGUAGUUUAUGAAGUUCCAACCAACUCAAGUUCAUCAACUUCACCAAGGUCUAUCUUAUUCCAUAAGGCCAUGGUAGACCAAGCUUCUUCAUCAGCUCAUAAUCAGGAAAUGCAGUUAAACAUUCAACAAUCUAACGUUGAGGAUUCGGUACAAGAAACGUUAUAUGGUGAAAGCAAACUUGACAACAAGCCUCAAAAUAAUCAACCUUUAGACCUUAGUCAUUCUCAGGAGCAUAGCCAUUCCCCUGAUAAUUUCAUUGAAGAAUCAAAGAACGACGAGAGCAAUGAAGGCAAACUGAUACCUUUAAUUAGACAAGAUGAUAGUGCAGAACCCUCUAUACCAGCUGAGGUGAUGGCUUCAAAAGACAUGAAUGAGAAAUCAAGGGAUUUAUUUGAUGAUAAGGAGACAAUGAACUCACAAAUGCAAGAAUCAUCCUCACUAGUUCACACAGAGAGUGAAGAUAAACCCCAAGAAUCAAUAACACAAGAGGCUACCGAGGAACCAUUAAUAAAUUUUGAUGCAAGUGGCACAAAUUAUACUAAAGAUGUUGAAGGAGAACAUGCGGAUUUGAAUAUGAAUGAAGUCACAGGUUUAUCGGAAUUAAAAGGUGAAAGUGAUAACAAGAAUGAAUUAGAUAAGUCACAUCAUGCCUCAGAAGAAGUGAAUCUUUUGCAAAAGGAGCCAAAUCAAAAGGUUGAAGAUCAUAUGAAGCAAGAAAAGUUGGACACACAAAAAAUCUCUGAAGAAUCUUCACUACCAAAGGUCACUGAUGUAAUCAUCGAUGCGGAAGAGAAGUUAUUAGAAUCUGAUAAUAGCAAUAAUGAAACCAAGGUUUUGUCUAAAUCAACAAAUGAAAUUGAUGAGGUGAGUAACAACGAAAAUGAAAAAGCAUGAAGAGUUACUUCAGCUUGAGGAUCUUAGUGCACCAAAGCCAAAUAAACCAAAUGAUAGCUCAAAGUUCCAAAGAGUCAGUAGUUUUGAUUGAACAUGGUAUUAGUUGAGCCAAUUUUGAUUGAACCAAAGACGAAAAAUGAGGGCCUUGAAGAGUAUUCGCUAAGGAGAAAAAAGAACUCUACAUCAAGUUUUUUACAUCUAAUUAUCAAAUUAAAUAAUGACAUGUGAACCUUUUCUUGACAUGAGUAGAAACUUAAGCUGAUAAUUGAAUGAAUAAUUCAAAAAGAACUUGAUAUACCUUUGUGAAGUGGUUCACUUGGGACAAGUGUUUGAGGCUUGCUACUUUUUGGUGUUAGAACACAAGGAAGCGGAGUUCCAUUACUUAGUUAUUUCCAUCAUCAAGUGUCAGAUUGAUCAUGAGUCUGAAGUAGACAAAAGGAGAUGGCAUGAAGCAAUCAAAUAUAGUAUUUAAUUUCACGCAAUGAAUGUGUUGUACAUGGUUCCCAUUUCCCAACUUCAGAACAUUAUUCUCAGUCACAAUGUACAUAAUGUUAUCGUACUUUACAAUGUAAA